GAUGGUAAUGGAAGCCCUGGGCUUCAUAUAGGUGCGCGGAGCCCCAGCCAGACGAGCCGAGCGUGGUCGAACCGAAUGGACCGAUCCAGGCGGCCCGCUUUAAUGCACUAUAGUUAUGCAAUUAUAAUAGCUUGUACAAAUAUGCGUAAACCGACGUGGGCCACUUGUUCGAAUGUGGGUCGGUGACGUGUAACCCGUAAAUUGGGGAAGCACAUUUAAACAAACAGUUACGACACCGUAAAUCUAUGUACAAAAUUGCAUAAAUGGCUGUUACUCCCACGAUCAGAGCGCCCACGAUCAGCGCGGCCACGAUCCUAAAAUUCAGCGGGUAAUGGAUAUGCGCCGUGAAUUUCGCGUCCACGAUAUUGGAUAUACGCAUGGUACAGGGAAAAAAUCAUAAUCUUCCAAAAAAAAGUGGAGAGUACGCAUCAUUUGAUAGUCCGCGGCUGGGUGAAGGGCGUAUUUGCUCUGGAAGAUGGCGGCGCCAUGGGGUAACAAGUCCAUAAGUGAGUAUACGACGCCGAUGUCUAUUCAUCGACCAAAUCAAUGCUUGGAUAUCGUAACAAUGGUGCAGGAAGAACAACAAGGAGGGAACCCGUUAGCGUCAGAUGGAAUUACGCAUACAGACUCAGCUACUGCUGUAGAUGCAAUUACUCCACCAGCAGCUUUGAGGGCCCCGGGGGUUGAUGAUCAGACCAUAUUUGAGGCAUCGAGGAUGACAGUAAAUCAAGGAGGACAGCACCUUAAUACUAUGCGUACUAUUGGUGAUCAUGAACAGGACACACCAGUGAUUCUGCAGAGACAUGAAGUUACAAUUGAUCCGAGAUUAGUACCUAAAGUUGGUAUGACAUUCAGUGGGGUGGAUGAAGCAUAUAAAUUUUAUAGUAGGUAUGCAUAUGAAGUUGGAUUUCCAUUGAAAAAGUAUAGGGAACGGAAAAAUUGUAAGUGGUUGAAUUGCUCGAUGGAAGGCAAAAAAGCAGUAAGGGGAAUAUCAAACCCAAAGGUACGUAGUACCAGUUCGAAACGGACACAAUGCAAGGCCAGUAUGAAACUAAAAAAAAUUUAUGAUGAUGCAAAAGAGACAGUUAUAUCAGUGCGUAUUGAUCUGUUGCACUUGGAUCAUAAUCAUGAAUUUUUUAAAAAGGAUACCGAAAAGAAUCCGUUACAAUGCAACAAGACGCAUGAUCCUGAAUACAUGGAGUUCAUAAGUUCAAUGCAAGAGAGUCGAAUCCCGCAACAUUGUAUUAUGGAUUAUGUAUCAGAAAUGCACGGUGGUCCUGAGAGUGUGCCUGUAACAGCACAGGACAUGUAUAACCUGAAAAAGGCAAAGCAACGAGAAAGAAAUGCACAUGAUGUGGCAAAGCUACUAUCCUUUUUUGCAUCCUGCAAAAAGGAUAAUCCACAAUUUUUCUCUGACUUCCAAUUGGAUAAAGAAGGCAAGAUUUUGAGCAUAUUUUGGUCACAUGCAAGCCAGCAAGGGGAUUACAUGGAUUUUGGUGAUGCGGUUACAUUUGACACAACACAUAAGACUAAUCUGUAUGAAAAACCACUAGGUAUGUUUGUUGGUUCAAAUCACCACCUCCAUUGCACUAUAUUUGCUUUCGCAUUGUUGGGGAAUGAAACUGUUGAUACAUUUGAAUGGGUAUUCAACGCCUUCAAAACAUGCAUGGGAACCGAAGGGCCACGAGUGAUGCUGACAGAUCAAGAUCCUGCAAUGCCAGUAGCCCUCGAGAGGGUUUUCCCACACACAAUACAUCGUUUAUGUCUAUGGCAUGUGCAAAAUAGGUAUAUGCCUUUUCUAAACGAGUUGUAUGCAAGAUUUGAGGAAAUGGACUUUAAGACACAGUUUCAAUCUAUAAUACAUCAUCGUUUGACUGAGUUGGAGUUUGAGACUGCAUGGUCAAUGCUACUUGAAGAUUUUGAUCUGCACGAUAACAGUACCCUCGAUAAGCUGUAUGGAAUACGUAAGGAUUGGGUGCCUGCUUUUUUCAAAAAUCAUUAUUGUGGUCUAAUGUUGUCUACACAGCGUAGCGAAAGCAUGAACAGGCUUGUCAAAAGUGCACAUGUCGAUGCAAAUACUCCGCUUCAUCAAUUCGCCAAGCAAAUGAUGAAACUUCUACACAGUAGAAAGAUGAAAGAGUCAAAAGAAGCAGUGGGAAGCAUGGGUCAAAAGGAAACAAACACGCUAUACAUGUUUGAGAUAAGGGUUGCAAGAGCAUACACAAGGGCUAUGAUGAGUAAAUUCCAGGAAUCAUUGAAAUAUGCAACCGCAUUCAAGAUAAUGCACGACGAAGAAGGGGGUGCAAAUGAUUGGGCAGUGCAACAUACAACUAGAUCGAAUAAAAUUGUGUGGGGACAGCACCAAUUCAAAGUCACAGCUGAUGAAGAUGCAGGAAAGUAUACUUGUGAAUGCAAACAUUGGGAACAUACAGGGCUAUUCUGUGUACAUGUACUACACGCGUUUAUGCAUCUUCAGAUUGACCGGAUACCGAAGGAAUAUAUUUUACAAAGAUACACCUACUCUGCAAGGCAAGAUGUUCUGUUUUCAAGAGAUGAUAGGAAUUUGAAGGGGAAGGAUGGAGAAACAAAGUCAUAUAGACAGAAGAUGUUGCUAAAAAAGGCAAUGAAAGUAGUGCAUCAUGCUAGUUUAUCCAAAGCAGGAAAUGAUAGAGCCCUAACAGUAAUGGAUGAGCUUCUCGAAGUACUUUCGCGUUUGGAAACAGAUAUAGACGUUGAGGAAACUUGUGGAACUAGUGGAGGAGAUGGUAUACAGGACGAUGAUGAAGACAAUAGAGACAACGAAAAGGAUGGUGAAUUUGACGAAAGGAAUAACAAGGAAAUUCAAGACGUAUCUAAUAUACUUGAACAAGGUGUGGCCAAUGAUCAAAUACAUAUACCAAUACGUCCAUUAGAAGAGGUUAAUUUGCAUGAUCACGCAAUUAUGAAUGUUAGUGGUGUCAGUGAACAAAAUGAUCAUGCCAGAAAGAAACUGGAUUUUGCAGUCGAUGGGAUAAGCUUGGCAAGACCAAAUAACUCAAAACCCAAAGGAAGAACGAUAAAGGGGAGUGAAGAAAGGGUUAUUAAAUUGGGAGCAAAAGGUACAAAGAAAAUGACCAGGAAAUGUCAGAAGUGUGGAAUUGCUGAUGGUCACAACAGUAGGACAUGUUUGUCAAUGGAGGAAAAUAGACAAAGGUUGGCAAGCCUUGCUGGACGUAAGAGAGGACGACCUCCAGGAUCUAGGAACAAGGGUGGCAGUAAAGCUCCUGAUUGGAAUGAGACAACAACAUCAAAAAAACACGCAAAUGAUUUCAAUAUUAGUGAGUCAGACAGUGAUUAGACUGUUGUAUGAGAUACGAUUAAUUUGUUUUUUACAUUAAACCUUGUAUGUUUGGCAACUGAUUUAUAUAGAGGUGGAUAUUGAAAUCUAAUAAAUGGUGCG